GAGGCCCAGGCUCCAUAAGCCACUGUGCCGAGGGAGGCUGCCGGACACAGGGUCAGCAUGGGGACGGCCGUCCUGUGUCCCCUCUGGGCAGUGCUCCUGCUCCCUCUUACCGUGUUGGGGGUCCCCACCGAGGAGCCCAUGGCUGGGGACUCCGUGACCUCAGCGGUGACCUCUGGCCAUCCUGGAGGCUGCCGACGGUGCUGUGACCCCAACGACCCAGAGGGCCCGGUGGAUGCUGCAGAUGUGUUCCCGUCCUCCCCGUCCUCCCUCCCCUAUGUCCUGCCUGAGAUCAGGCCCUACAUUAACAUCACCAUCCUGAAGGGUGACAAGGGAGACCGAGGGCUGCAGGGCCCACCAGGGAAGCUGGGUAAAGAGGGUCCCCGGGGAGACCGUGGUGCUCAGGGCCCCAAGGGCGCCAAGGGGCAGGUGGGCAGCCCGGGUGGGCCGUGCCAGACCCGCUACUCCGCCUUCUCGGUGGGCCGCAGGACGGCCCUGCACAGCAGCGAGGGCUUCCAGCCGCUGCUCUUCGACACGGUCUUUGUGAACCCCGACGGCCACUUCGACAUGGCCACGGGCCGCUUCGUGGCCCCCCUGCGAGGCCUGUACUUCUUCAGCCUCAACGUGCACAGCUGGAACUUCAAGGAGACGUACGUGCACGUGGUGCGCAACGAGGAGGCGGCGGUCAUCCUGUACGCGCAGCCCAGCGACCGCAGCAUCAUGCAGAGCCAGAGCGUCAUGCUGGCCCUGGCGCCCGGCGACCGCGUGUGGGUGCGGCUGUUCAAGCGCGAGCGCGACAACGCCAUCUACAGCGAUGAUGUGGACGUCUACAUCACCUUCUCCGGCCACCUGGUGAAGCCCGAGGAUGAGGACGGCUGA